AUGGCGGACAUCGAAAAAGCCGCGGGGCAGGACAACGGCCAGAACACAGCCAAAUACGACUUGCCAGCCGACACCAACCGGGAUGAAGCCCUUGAGAGGAUCAGGGCCACAGGAAGCCUCUCCAUCUCCCCGGAACUCUUUGAGAAGAUCUAUCUUUCUCCCAAGAAUACUGUCAAGGGUGAUCUCCGAUCCAUUCUCGGAAACCCUACACCUCUUCUGACUGGGUAUAGUGGCCUCGCCGGAUUUCUCUUGAGUCUGAGUCCGCUCUCUGCUGAACUCCUCGGAUGGAGAGGCGCGGGUGGCGACGGCGCUGCGACUAUUGGAGUCUUCUACUUCACCGGUGGACUCCUGUUGACGAUUGCGGCUGUCCUAGAAUUCAUCCUCGGAAACACCUUCAUUUUUGUCGUGUUUGGCACUUACGGUGGAUUUUUCCUCUCCCUCGCCGGAACCUUGACGCCAUCCAACGGUGCUGCUGCUGCUUAUGAGCCCAGCGAUCCAACGAACCCUGGAUUCCAUGCAUCAUUCGCUAACCAGAGUCCUGUCGUAGCAUUUUAUUUCCUCUUCAUCGGAAUUCUCACCUUCUUCUUUUUCCUGGCCAGUCUGAGAACGAAUGUCGCCUUUGUGACCAUUCUCUUCACCCUCACCAUUGGUUUUGAGGCACUGGCUGGCGCGUAUUGGCAGCUCGCAAACGGGAACGUUCAACUAGCGCACAGGCUGCAGAUUACUGGUGGAUCCUUCACAUUUGUCACGAUCAUCGCUGGCUGGUAUCUUAUCUUUGUGCAGAUUCUGGCCGCUGUGGACUUCCCACUUGCGCUUCCUGUCGGAGACCUGAGUCACAUCAUCAAGGGCAGAAGUGACAAGGCAGAGAAGACUGAAUAA